AUGUCUUUGCCUCAACGGCCGGGGAAGGCCUCCCCGCGACGAGAUGAACAGUCCGCCUUUCGUGAAUCCUCGCGACGCCGAAGACGAGACCCCGAGACCGGCGCCCUGAAUGAAUCGUUAUCAAGCCCGCCGGCGUCGCAUCGCCAUCACCACCGUCGUCAUCGUUCGCACAGCUCUCGGAGGAAGAAAGAUUACGACGAAGAGAGAGUCGAUGCGGGGGAGGACCUGAGACGGAAAAAGAGCUUCGUGAAGCCGGAACGAACCCGGGUCGAUCAGUCCCACCCCAACUAUCACUACCGCCAGCGAUCCCAGAACAUGCCGACACAGCCUUCGACAACGGGACAUGAGCCUUUGAUGGAAGACGAAGACCAGGCGGAUACCCCGAGCUCCCGGAGCGUGGAAUACAAGAGCAAAGAUGGCAUGUAUGGAAACGUCAACAAGCCGAUGGAGCGGGCUCCCAGCCGAAAACAUACGAAAAAGAGGCGACACACCCGGAAGAUUUCGAAGAGAGCGGCUGCAGCGGAGAGAGAGCGACAAAGGGCGAUGGAGCAGGUUCGGCCUCCCAGCCUCUGGACUACGUAUUGCGCUAUUAUCACGUUUUGGGCGCCCGAUUGCAUCAUGCGAUGCUUCGGGAUGCCGCAAAAGGCGCAGCGGAGUGCAUGGCGGGAGAAGAUCGGGCUCAUCAGUAUCAUUCUGCUCAUCGCGGCAUUCGUCGGUUUCUUGACUUUUGGUUUUACGGCCACCGUGUGUGGAACACCGCCUACUCGACUGAAGAUCAAUAAGGUGAGCAGCGGCUACAUGAUAUUCCACGGGACGGCCUACGACCUGUCUAAAUCGACCCAUCCGACUGCCACCGGUAUCCCUCCGGAUACGAAUGUUCUCUAUGACCUCCCUCACAAGUACAGCGGACAAGAUGGAAGUUUCUUCUUCCAGCAGGUCAACGGGGCCUGCAAAGGGCUUAUCACGACCACCAAAGAUUCGGACAUCCCCACGAAUUCCAAAGGCGAACUUGGCUGGUACUUUCCGUGCGCACCGUUCAACCAGGACGGGUCGUCGAAGCCAAACUACACCGAAUCAUACUACACUGGUUGGGCCUGUCACACGUCUGGUGAGGCUAGGAAGUCAUUCUACAGUCUCAAAGGCUCAGGGGAUGUAUAUUUCACAUGGGAAGACACAAGAAACAAGAGCCGAAACUUGGUGGUGUACUCUGGCAACGUUCUCGACCUCGAUCUGUUGCAGUGGCUGGACACCUCGCAAGUCAAGUACCCGGCCAAAUUCGACGAGCUGCGUGAGAACCCGGAUGUGCGCGGAGUCGACUUGACUUACUACCUGCAGAGCGGGGAAGACAAGAAGAUUGGCAAGUGCUUGUCCCAGAUCGUGAAAGUAGGGAGUAUCGACACCGACACAGUUGGAUGUAUUGCGUCCAAGGUCGUCCUGUACGUGUCGCUGAUUUUCAUUCUCUCGAUUGUCAUCGUCAAAUUCGCAUUUGCCCUGCUGUUCCAGUGGUUCCUGGCACCUCGGUUUGCCGCGCAGAAAACGAGUAUGAGCUCCGAUCCCAAGACACGCAACCAGCAGAUCGAAGACUGGUCGAACGAUAUCUACCGACCUGGUCCUCGCAUUACGGAUCCUGUGGCGGACCGUGCAAGCAAGCGAGCGAGCUUUCUGCCGACCACCUCUCGCUUCUCUAGCCCGUACACCGUGAGCAAUGGUGGAAAGCAGCGGCCUCAAUAUGUCACAAUGGCGAGCCAAAAUUCGACCUCUCGAUUGAUCCCGAGCGGCAACUCUAUGUACAAACUGAGUCACAACAGUAGCGGUGGCACACUGAGUGCAGACCCGUCGCGGCAAAACCCUACGGCCAGCCGAACAAGUUUAGUACAAGACUCUCGCUACUCGCAUGCCAUUCAGGAAUCGGAGGGCCUCGGAGCUGCGGGAUACAUCCACGAAGCGGUCGUACCCCAGCCGCCGCCGGACUGGCAACCUUAUGGAUACCCCUUGGCACAUGCCAUGUGCUUGGUUACUUGUUACUCCGAAGGCGAAGAUGGAAUCCGCACCACUCUGGACUCCAUUGCGACCACUGAUUACCCGAACAGUCACAAAACCAUCGUUGUCAUCUGUGACGGUAUGAUCAAGGGUAAAGGAGAGGAAUAUUCCACCCCGGAGAUUGUCUUGCGCAUGAUGCGGGACCCCGUGGUUCCUUUUGACGAGGUGCAGGGAUUUUCUUACGUUGCGGUGGCUACCGGUUCCAAACGUCACAACAUGGCCAAAGUCUACGCUGGAUUUUAUGACUACGGAGACACGUCGAUUGUCCCGACCGAGAAGCAGCAACGCGUUCCGAUGAUGAUCGUCGUCAAGAGCGGCACCCCGGCGGAGCAAACCCAGUCGAAGCCUGGCAACCGAGGCAAACGAGACAGUCAGAUCAUCCUGAUGUCCUUCCUCCAGAAAGUGAUGUUUGACGAGCGAAUGACGGAGCUGGAGUUUGAGAUGUUUAACGGACUCUGGAAUGUCACCGGGAUUCCGCCGGACUUUUACGAAGUGGUGCUCAUGGUUGAUGCCGAUACCAAGGUCUUCCCGGACAGUUUGACCCAUAUGAUCUCCGCGAUGGUCAAGGAUCCCGAGGUCAUGGGCUUGUGCGGCGAGACGAAGAUUGCCAACAAGACGGAUAGCUGGGUGACGAUGAUUCAGGUGUUUGAAUACUUUAUCUCGCACCAUCAGUCCAAAUCGUUCGAGUCAGUCUUCGGUGGUGUCACUUGUUUGCCCGGUUGUUUCUCCAUGUACCGCAUCAAAGCGCCCAAAGGAGGCCAGAAUUACUGGGUUCCCAUCCUGGCCAACCCGGACGUGGUGGAGCAUUACUCCGAGAACGUGGUGGAUACGCUCCACAAGAAGAAUUUGCUGCUGCUUGGUGAGGAUCGAUAUCUGUCAACUUUGAUGCUUCGAACAUUCCCCAAGCGGAAACAGAUCUUCGUGCCUCAGGCUGUCUGCAAGACCCAGGUGCCGGACCAGUUUAUGGUGCUGCUGUCCCAGCGGCGUCGUUGGAUCAACAGUACGGUGCACAACCUGAUGGAACUUGUGCUGGUGCGCGACCUCUGCGGCACGUUCUGCUUCAGUAUGCAGUUUGUGAUUUUCAUCGAACUCGUCGGAACGCUUGUCCUGCCCGCCGCCAUCGCGUUUACCUUCUACGUCGUCAUUUCUUCCAUCGUCAAGAAGCCGGUGCAGGUCAUCCCCCUGGUGCUGCUGGCGUUGAUUCUGGGGCUUCCGGGUGUGCUGAUCGUCGUGACGGCCCAUCGGCUGGUAUAUGUGAUGUGGAUGCUGAUCUACCUGAUCUCGCUGCCCAUCUGGAACUUUGUUCUUCCCACGUACUCGUUCUGGAAGUUCGAUGAUUUCAGUUGGGGCGACACGCGGAAGACGGCGGGCGAGAAGGACAAGGGUCACGAGGCGGGAGAGGGCGAGUUUGACAGCAGCAAGAUCACUAUGAAACGAUGGAGAGAUUUUGAAAAGGACCGUCGAAUGAGAAUGGCCGGAUGGGGACAACCCACGGGCGGAAGAUAUUCGUCGCAUUACGAACCGUACUCGGAUUACUAG